AUGCCGCGGCUCAACGCCUACGUCAGGAACCCAAGGUUCCUGGCGAAUACCACCGUGAGGCCUCUCUACUUGGUCAUGCCGACGAACGCCGGCCACGUGCAGGACGCCGUUCGCUGCGGCCGCCGGCACAACAUGUCCAUCCGCGUGCGCAGCGGCGGGCACGACUACGAGGGCCUGUCGUACCGGUCCGUGAACGCCAGCGACUUCGCGGUGCUCGACCUGUCGGAGCUCCGCACCGUGCUCGUCGACAGCCAGACGUCGACGGCGUGGGUGGAGUCCGGCGCGACCCUUGGCGAGCUCUACUAUGCCAUCGGCAACGUGAGCGACGUGCUGGGGUUCCCGGACGGCGUGUGCCCGACCGUCGGCGUCGGAGGCCAUUUCAGCGGCGGCGGCUUCGGCACGCUGAUGCGCAAGCACGGGCUGGCCGUCGACAACGUCGUCGACGCCGAGCUGGUGGUCGCCAAUGGGACGGUCCUGAACAGGACCACCAUGGGGGAAGACGUCUUUUGGGCCAUCCGAGGCGGCGGAGGGAGCUUCGGCGUCGUGCUAAAGUGGCAGGUGGGAUUGGUGACCAUCCCGGCGACGGUGUCGGUGUUCAAGGAGGCGGUGUCGGACAGCGAGGGCGCCGUGGACAAGGUCACCAGGUGGCAGAAGGUGGCGCUGGCCCUGCCGGGCGAACUGUACCUCAGGGUGCGCGUCCAGGAAAAGAAGGCCGACUUCCGGGCCUCGUUCCUCGGCGGCUGCGACGACCUCCGGCGGGUGAUGAACCGCAGCCUGGGGUUGAACGGCGCCGACUGCAAGGAGAUGACCUGGGUCGAGUCCGUGGCCUACAUCUGGCUGAGCAGCAACGCGACCCGGGAGGACCUCCUGAGCCGGAACACCUCCAAGUCCGAAUCCCCCAACAGCUUCAAGGCGACGACCGACUACGUCCGGCAGGCCAUUCCCAGGGACGCGUGGGCCGAGAUCUUCGGCAAGCUGGUGUAGCCCAAUGCGCAGAUCAUCUUGCCCCCCUACGGCGGGCAGAUGGGCAACGUGUCGGAGGACGCGACGCCGUUCCCGCACCGCAACGGCGUGCUGUACAGCAUGCAGUUGUACAACUACUGGCGGGUGGAUUCGCCGCGGAGAUCAAAGUGGGUCAGAGACAUGCACCAGUUCAUGGCGACGAACGUGAGCUCCAACCCAAUGGAAGCCUACUUCGGCUGCAGGGACCUGGAUCUGGGCGACGACUGGGGACGCAAAUACUUCAAGGGUAACUACCAGAGGCUCACCGAGGUCAAGGCUAAGGUCGACCCGGCCCGACGACUACUUCCGCAGCGAGCAAAGCAUCCCGCUGCCACCACCGAAUUAUGUGCAUCAACUGCACCGGCCGGGGGCUCUUUCCUCCGCCUUCUGAACCACAUGCUAGUAUUUUUUUUAUUUUUGCCUACAUGCUGGUAUCUAUCUUUGAUUUUGCGUACAUGCAUGGUGGCUACUCCCAACGAGUGAUAUAAUACGGUUUAGGUCACUAUCCUUUAAUGACCUAAAACGUCGUGUAUUAAUUUACAGAGAGAGUGUUGUCUGU